ACAAAGUUAAAUAUAUAUUAAUAUUUCCGAGAUAAAUUAGGCAUGAAACGACGUGAAAAAUCAACGGACGACGAAGAUGAGUCGGAAGUCGACGAGGAAUCCGAGAGCGAAGAAUCUGAGGCCUCUUACAAGAAAUAUUACUUUCUGGGAAUCCCGGUUUAUAAAUUAUCCUACAAGCGGCUGCCGAAGAAAUGUUUGCGGGUCUCUUUUUUCACUAUCAACGCCGCGGUCUUUUUGGCAGGAAUAUCCGCGGUUGUUAUCUCAAUGUGGAUGUUAGCAGACAGUAAGUUAAUGUUGCGUCUAACCGCUCAAAAAUUGUUCGUGACAAUUCUUCUGAUAAUUGGAGCGCUAUCGGCCAUCUUGGCGCUCGUCGGAAUUAUAGCGUUUACGAAAAAGAAGAGAAAAUUUAUAACUAUUUACAUUGUAUGCCAUUCAUUGUCCUUGUGCGUCAUUUUUAUCUGCUCAGUAAUGAGCACGUCAGUUUUCGAACGCAUUACUACAAAAAUUCGCGAAGAAAUGACCGCGACUAUUAUUAAAUAUCAUUCUUUAGAUUGGGUCACCGAGGCUUGGGAUAAUACUCAGCAAUAUUUAAAGUGCUGUGGAAUAAAAUCUUACAAAGACUGGGGAGAAUAUAUGAUGGAAAUUCCUCAAAGUUGCUGUUCUAAAUUAAUGGAACGAUGUCUUCAAAUGUCUCCAGACGUGGCGUAUAAAUCAGGUUGCUUGAAAAAUGCUUACCUGAUGUUGAAAUCAAAUGUUGAUACCGUGACAAUAGCGAUACUUUUUAUUUCAUUUACUACGGGGAUUAGUUUAUUUUUGGCGGUAGGAUUAAAGAAGAAAUUAAAAGCACGGAUGGAUUAUUGACAACAAUUAAAAUACAAAUGAACUUAAAAACGGUUUUCCCUUUUUUUAUUAUCAUAUAUAGAUCAUAUAUUUUUUCAAAACACUUAAUAUAUCGCACUUAUAAUAAUAAUAAUAAUUAAUCAUAUUAAUAAUAAUAAUUAAUAAUUAAUAAUCAAUAGUAUAAAUUAUUGGACAUUUAGCAUUUAAUGUCACAACUGGCAGAUUUUGCUUAAAGUAUUUUUCCGAGC